UAAAAGACCCAGUCAAGGAUGAAUUCCAAAUAAAAAAAAACCUUGCACGUAAAUGGAAUAACCAGGAAGAGAAUAUAUGCAACAUGGCGACUGUUAGCAGAUCUACAAGUACCCAAUGUCUACUACUAUUUAUGACCAUAAGUCUCUGCGCUGGUAACUUCUGUUACCAGUGCGCAGAUACUAAGAUCGGCGGAGAUUGCCAGACAUACAUAAAGACAAUGGCGAGAGCCCGCCACUACAUCGAGAAUCCUCCAACGUCAGACGACGAGGUGUACGAGAAAAAGAAGGACCUGUACAAGCUGUUCGUGAAGAACUGCACGUCAUAUCACCAGGGAUACCCGAACGAAACACUCUGCGUCAUCGAGACGUUUGAAUACAGAGGUCAGAUGAACAUGUAUUUGCGAGAUUGUACAGACGGCGUCAAUUUUGCGACGGAAUAUACUGACGUGCGGCGACCAAGAGCGGACAACCAGACUUAUUGUGAGCGGAAGGGAGACACGGGAACGUAUUGUGUGCGCAUGUGCAGAGGGAACUUUUGCAACGGACCGGAAGCAAAUUCUGCGUCAAAAUACCUUAUAUCCGGGCUUUUAUGGGUCAUCAUUGUUUUGAAUUUUAUAUCUGUUUUUCAAGAAGUGCAUCAUGGGAUGUGACAUUUGUUAUGUCAGUGUUCAAUAUUCUGAUUCAUCUGUGAAUGAAGAAUAUAUAAGUGAUAUGCUAUAUAAUUAUUUAUAAUUGAUGUUUUGAGGGACAUGUAAGUUCGAAGCUUUAACCUAUAUUCGAAUGUUUACAAGGAACUGUGAUAGGUGUGUUUUCGAAUGACAAACAGAUUUGUUGAUCCUUUGACAACUGUCUAAUGUACACAAGAACAUAUAUGUAUAUGCGUACAUGGAUUAUAAAUUGUACGUGUCUAUGUACAUAAACUUAUAUAGUUAAAAGCCUUCAAGGACUAACGCCGUCUAUUAGAUUUACAAAGGAUUUAGAUACAUGUAAUCUAUCAUGCAAUUAAGAUUUUCACUUUGGUUAUUUGUCCGAGUUUCAAUUGGGUCUGUCUGAUGAAAGACAAUCAAUAAAUAAUUUUUUUCAUUCAGUAUUCUAACUUCAACAUUUCCACCUAUGUGUAUAUGUGUUAACUUUGUUUUCUUGUUUUUUCAUUGCUCACAAAUGUCUUUCAUAAAUAUCAACGUAUAUUAAAUGUAUUUGCACUUGUGAAAUAUAGACAGAGUAUCAUAAUCUAUAAUUAGAAUAUCA